AUGGGCGAAAGCCAUGAGAAGCCAACUGGCACGGCCCAGGAGAAUGUGGGCUGGGCAAGAAGAGAUUCCGAGCGCCUCCAGUCGUCUAUGCCACCACCAGCUGCUGCCUUCUUUAGCAAGGCAAAAGGGCCAGAUCAGCCAGGAUUCCGAAGGUCUCAUUCACGGUCCCGUACUCGGUCCCUUACGCAGUCGAUGAUUGCCCGAAUGCAGCCAACAGUCGCGGAUGCCUCGGAGGACGAAGCGAAAAGCCCUGGCGCAAGAUCGAGUGCAACAUCGCUCGAAUUGAAUAGCGCUAACACUUCCGAUAUUGGCGAAAAGCUCUCCAACAAGGCAAGUGCUAUUUCGGCCGCCCCCCAAUCUCACGAGGCCAUUGGAGAGCCACUAAAAGCAUUCUACUCGACACCAAACGUGGCCAGUGAUACCACGACCUCGCCGCCCCAACGCCCCGUAGACUACCAAACCCAGUAUGCCACUUACGGCUAUCCUGCGGUGCCGGGUAGCUUCCCAUCACCUCUUCAGCGUGGCGUCGACACACCAACUCAGAACCGGCACUUGGUUGCAGGCUAUUCUUCACCGCAUCAACGACCGACCGACUCGCGUGGCCAGGCGCCGCAGGAUCUGACACCGACGCCGACUAUAUCACCUCCGCUCUCGCCGCGACUUGUGCACCAGCAGCCUAUGUAUAGUUCUCCUCCAGUACCGUACCAUUACGGGUAUCCGCCGCAGGUCGGCCACGGACAGGGAAUGGCAACGGGCUACUAUCCUGCGGUCGAUCCGCAAUACAUGCCCAGCCCCCCGAUGACCCAGCCAGACGGUGCGAGAACAUCUUCGGAGAGCAAUCAGGACGAACAUCAACGCGAUUGGCACAAAAUAACGGGUGUUCUUCCGGAGCUGAACCGCAUUCUUGCUCAUUAUCAAGAUCAGAAAGGUCAGGCCUCUAGCAAAGACUCAUUCGCCAAGCAACUCGACUUUCAGCGUACCCAGGAGAUGGCCAGGAUCCGUGUGGAGCUUGAAGCGAACAAGGAGGAGUACGAGAAAGUCAUCCAAAGAUUAGUAUCCGAGUCGUUCCAGUACAAGCGUGACAUCAAGGAGCGUGAUGAAAAGAUCAACAAGAUGCAAGCCAUGAUUGACGAUCUCAAGAUCCAGCAGGAGGAGUUUCGAGAGGUCAAGACCAAAUAUGAAGAAUCGACCGCUCAGCUCGAAAAGGCCAGAAACGAGCACGGAUUAUUGUCUUCGAAGCACGAUCAGACUAGCUCCGAGCUGCAGUCCCUCAAUAAAACCUGCGAAGCUUUGCGGAAGAAACAUGACGAAGUCGUAGCCGAUGUGCAGUAUCACAGAAACAAGUGCCAGGAGGCCACGGCGGCAGCGGACCAGGCAAGGCUGGCAAAAGAGGAUCUUGUCUCGGUCAAGAUGAGGCUGGAGGAAAACCUCGAAGAUAUGCGACGCAGGCACCAUGGCCGCGAGGAGAAGCACCAGAGCGAUCUGAAGGUUUUGAGGAAGGAACACGAUGCAGCUUUGGACGCCAAGGACAAGGAGAAGCAUAACGCUGCUAUGGAACACAAAGGCAUUGUUGCAGGCCUCUCAGCCGAGUUGACGGGCCUGAUGGAGCGACAUACACGAUGUAAGAAAGAGCUUGAAGCCGCUCGGACCAGCACUGCCAGCGCAGAGAAGAAGCUGGAAGAUCGCACCAGAGACAUGGAGGCACAGGCCACGCACUACCGUCAACAGAUCGAUGCCAAGAGCCGUGACAUGGAGGCCCAGGCGUCGCAAUAUAAGCAGCGAUUGGAAGCCAAGUCCAAGGAGAUGGGAGAGCAGGCAACCUCUCAUCGACAGCAGCUAGAGACCCAGUUGGCCUCGCUCACAUCGCAGCGGCAUCGAGAGCUGGACACGCUCCGGGACGAACAGGCCCAAGCACUGAGACGAUUGCACCAAGACCAGGAAGCGGAGGUCUCUCGCGUGGCCGAGGAAAACGCCAAGCAAAUGCAAAAGGUGCACACCGAACUGGAUAGCCAGAAAGACAUAUUCGACCAGUACAAGAAAGAGACGGAUGACUUGAGAGCUGGUCACGGCGAGUUAGCAGCAACUCUAGUGGCAUGGAAUCGACGGCAGCAGGAAUGGCAGGCCGAGCAGAACAAGCUCAGCAAGGUGUUGGAGUCCCUUGGCCUGACUGCGGCGACUAGCACGAAGGAGGAAGCGUGA